AUGCUUCAGGAUUCCAUCAGGAAGAUAUCCCUUGAGGAUGUUCCAGCAUUUAUGAAGUUGCAGGAUGAGUUUGUCCUUGAGCAUCAUGCACUGACGCAGAAGCUCUACGACAAGGCCACUCUGACGCAGAAGCGCACUACUCCCGUCUCCGACCCGGCUGACCCGCUCAAGCCCGGGUAUCGUUCCCGUGGCUUUGUGCUGACUGGAGUUGUCUGGGAAUACCUUGGACAUCAAGAGGAUGCACAUUUAGUCGCCUACAAGGUCAUGCAGAGACUCACAAAGUCUGAGUCCGUGAAGAGUGACAAAGCAAUCCUCUUUCGCUCAGAAGUGAUUGGAGAGGUUGUCGGCAUCCAAUACCCAGAUGGUUCCGGGCCAUUUGAUGUUACAAUCAGAGGAUGGAUCGAGUCUGAGCAGCUGCACAUGGUGGAUUCCAAAAGCUUAUCUACGUGGAAUGGUGAGCGAUUUACCGACCUCAUUGACUUCAACGAAGCUUUCACCAGUGGCCGGGCAGCCUUUCACAGGAAGCUAUCUCUCGUGAUGCGAGAUGUGGAGAUGACGAAGAUGCUGGCUAAAAAGGUGCACCCUUGUAAAAGAUGA